ACCGGGUGUCACGCGGUAGUAUUGUGACUGGCUGUUUACUCUCAGAGCAGACAGCUAAACUUCAUAUCGCCAGGCUUUUAUGAUUUUUAAGGUACCAUCUGUUUUAUAAAAUGUAUCCGGAGACAUAAGCACGUCGCGGGCUGAGCAGCUAAAUGUGGUGCAGUGCUGAGUGUUCAACAACGGUUUGGAUUUUGGGCAGCUGACCUCCUCUUGAGAAACAAGAAUAUCAAAGCAUGGCUGGCAGAGAUAUAAACGAGAGCUCUCCUCUUUUGGAAAACUCAGUGACUUCAACCAGAUCAGAGUCAGUGUUCAAUGGCAGGAGACUGGCAUGUGCUGCCAUCCUGCUGGCAGAGUCUUUGGAAAGAAUGGCCUUCUAUGGCAUCACCUCAAACCUGGUGCUCUUCCUCAACAGCAGCCCCUUCUAUUGGGAGGGCACUUUGGCCAGCCAGGGUCCCUUGAUCUUCAUGGGAGUCACUUAUUUAAUAUCUCCAUUUGGUGGCUGGCUGGCAGAUGCGUACCUUGGCAAAUUCUUAACCAUAGCCUUGAGUUUGGGCCUUUACUUGCUCGGGAUGCUGCUUUUCCCUUUUGUGGCCAGUGAUAAUACUAGGAACUAUCUGUGUGGAGAGGAGAUGGCAUUUCCAGUGCAGCCAGCGGAGUGUUUUCCUGAAAAUGGGACAGUCCCUGCUAAUGUGACCUGCGUCAAUCGGCCGUCGUACUGCAGGCCUGCGAUCUACAGUGGUCUGGUGCUGGUGGCCCUUGGAGUGGGAGCUGUCAAAUCAAAUAUCACUCCAUUCGGGGCAGAUCAGGUGAAGGAUCGAGGUCCUGAAGCAACGCGGCGGUUCUUUAACUGGUUCUACUGGUGCAUUAAUCUUGGAGCGAUCUUCUCUCUGGGUGGUAUAGCUUACAUCCAGCAGAACAUUAGCUUCUCUAUAGGCUACAUCAUCCCUGCCGUCUGCCUUGGGGUGUCCCUCAUCAUCUUUUUUCUGGGCAAAGCGGUUUUCAUAACCAAACCUGCAGAUGGCAGUGCCUUCAGCGACAUGUUUCGGAUCCUGGGCUCAGCCCUCUGUGGACGUGGACCGAAAGAACCCAGUCUGCUGAGGCCAAAGCCCACUGUUCUGGAUGGUGCUAAAGUAACAUACGGCGGCCGCUUUUCAGACGAGAAGGUGGAGGAAGUGAAAUCGCUGGUUAAAAUACUUCCUGUUUUCCUGGCCCUCAUUCCAUACUGGACUGUCUAUUUCCAGAUGCAGACAACGUAUUAUCUCCAGAGUCUCCAUCUGACAAUUCCUGGAGCCGAUCCCAACUCCACAGACUCCCACCCGAAUACCUUCCGCUUCCCUGCGGCCUGGCUGACCAUGUUUGACGCCGUGCUGAUCCUCAUGUUGAUACCCCUCAAGGAUAAAGUGGUAGACCCCAUCCUCAAACGCAAAGGCCUGCUGCCCUCGUCUCUGAAGAGAAUCGCUGUGGGCAUGUUCUUUGUCAUGUGCUCGGCGGUGGCGGCUGGCAUUUUAGAGACGAAGAGGCUGGACAUUGUCCGCACACGAGGUCCCAUCCCGCAGUCGCUGGGUGGAGUUAUAUACUAUGCAGCAGAUCUACCUAUAUGGUGGCAAGUGCCUCAGUAUGUCCUCAUCGGUGUCAGUGAAAUCUUUGCUAGCAUCGCAGGUUUGGAGUUUGCCUACUCCGCAGCCCCUCGCUCCAUGCAGAGCGCUAUAAUGGGCCUGUUCUUCUUCUUCUCUGGGAUCGGCUCCUUUGUGGGAUCCGGACUUCUAGCUAUUGUCUCGCUCAAAGCCAUCGGGUGGAUGUCUUCGCAUCAAGAUUUUGGUAACAUCAACGAGUGCAGGCUGAAUUAUUACUUCUUCCUCCUGGCCGCCAUCCAGGGAAUCACACUCCUCAUCUUCCUCAUCGUGUCUGUGAAGUACGACAAACAGAAGCCAAAACCAGCAAGCCAUAGAGCGUCUAUGAGUAACUCAUGACCCCCUUAACUCAUCGCCAGCCUUAAACAGUCAUACUCUCACCUUCACUCAUUCCUCAACCCACAAAUCAUGUGCCAAACAUUUUGUUAAUAAUGAGGUAUGAUUUUAAAAUAUUUGACUCGAAAACUUGAAGUCCCAUGCGUUUGCUGGACCUGGCCUUACUAUUGACUUUUUUUUUUGGAAGAAAAUCUGUCUGAAAACAAGAUACAAAAUAUGUCGUACUGUAUGAAAUGGCUGGAAAUGAGGUUUAUUGACUCCAUUAGUGGACUUGAUAGGUACAUUUAUUCUCAAUUUAGAUUUUUUUGACUUCCUUUGUCCACUAUACCACAGAAUAUAGUGGAUAAUUAUAUUACACAGUCCACAAAUGACACUUUCUCAAAUCGAAAGUGGUUUAGAUUUGUUUACUAUGGGUUAUACCACAUCACCAAUUUAAAUUGAAUAUUUAUUCAGACUUUUUAAGUAAUUAAUGCUCAGCAAGGUUAGACCACUCCUCUUCAAAUGUAUUUAAAAUGGUAUUUUUGAGCAUGUCUUGUUUUUGUGCUAUUUUUCAUUUUACUUCUAAGGUAAUUUUGGCACUAUUGCACUGUAUGGUGCGUUCUUUUGUUACUUCAUCAAUUCUAAUUUAUUAAUAGAUACUAAUUGGCUUGUUUUUAAAUAUUGUUGAUGUCUAAAAAGAGACAACUCUUUUGAUUGGCUACUCUUUUUCAGAUGCACACAAGUAGCCCAUACAGAAUCAUAAGUGAAGCAAUUGAGAAACAUGCAGUGCAACAGACUUGAUGAUAUAUUUUUAAAUAGUCAGAUCUAUAAUAAUUGUGUCCUUAACAGUUUGAUUACAUUUGUAUUUUCGGUACUAAACCUGUGGCAUUACAAGCUUUUCUCACUUUUUAGAUGAUGUUUUUAUCAGGCAUUAGAUUCCUACUAGCUUGUUUUUAAAGAUUUUGAUCAUAAGUUGUAAGGCCAAGCAUGGCAUCACUCUUUAUAAUGCUUACCCUAAAAAAAAAAGAAAAAAAAGAAUAAAAUAAAAGAUUUU